GUUUAUGUCUAGCUAAUGCCAUUUUGUCCAAAAAAAUAGUAAAUUUUCAGGAAAACAAACUAACCUCAUUCAAGGGCAACUCAAAAAUGAUUUCCAUAGAAAUUUUCCAUCGGUUUAAAUGUCUUACUAUCAUAGUGUGCACUUAUAUCUACUCCUUUUUCCGGCAAAUCUUUAAGUGUGAUAUGUUCUCCAGAAACUCAAAAACUUAACGAGAGAAUAUAAGAGGAACUUAGUCAAUUAGAUGAUGUACCCAUCUAUCACUUUCCAUAGAUGUAUAACAGAGAGGAGGAUAAGAUGUAAUACUAAGUUUAAACUAUGUAGUUUUUUGAAAGUAAAUUAUAUUAAACUAUAGGGUCAAGAAUCCUAAAUGCUUGAAGCCAUAUUGAACUAUAAGAGACAAUGCUGGGAUUUGAUUCUACCAAUCAAUGAGUUCAUCUCAGAGUAGAAUUGUCAAGGAUUUUGGAUUCUCAAAAUUAUUGUAAUCAAUAUUAUUUACAAGUUAAGACUAAAAAAUUCAUAGAACUCAACAAUUAUGAUAAUUCCAAAGAACUAAUGAACUUUUGUUUGAAACUAUUAAAUAGAAAUCUUCAUAUAAAUCACGGUAUUCUUUAUACUAAUCACACUUAGAUGAUAUAGUUCUAUAAUUAGAUGGAUGCAUUCGAAUUAAUCCUUAUUGCUUAUUAAAGAAAAGCUCCAUUAAACCAUCCAUCUCCAAUCUUCUCUCAAACCUUCUCUUUGAGCAUAAAAUCUCAAAUCAUUUAGAAAUUUUCCAUACUCUUUUUAAUGAUUUUGAGAACAAAGAUCUUGAUUCCUUAAAACAACAUAUUCAUUUAGAUAACUAAUUUAAGUAUCUAAAGGAGACACUAAUAAAUAAAUUAUUAAGGAUAAGCAAAUGA